GGGGGGGGAGAGAGGGUUUAGAGGGGCAGCGGCGGGGCCGGCAGCGGGGGGACCAUGGGGGAAGUGGAGCCCGAGGAGCCGCGGGCGGCGGAGGGCGGCCCGGGGGCGGCGGAGGCUCUACAGAAGCCGCCCUACUCCUACGUGGCUCUGAUCGCCAUGGCCAUCCGAGCCAGCCCGGAGCAGCGGCUGCCCCUCAGCGGGAUUUACGCCUACAUCGCGGGGCGCUUCCCCUACUACCGCGGCGGCCCCAAGGGCUGGCAGAACAGCGUCCGCCACAACCUCAGCCUCAACCCCUGCUUCCGCCGCCUGCCCCGCCGCGGCGGCCCCGCCGCUCCCCGCGGCGGCGAGUGGGUGCUAGACCCCGCUUUCCAGGACAUGUUCCCGGGGGGCGACUACAGCCGCCGCCGCCGCCGCCCGCGCCGCGCCCCCCCGCAGCCGCCUCCACCCCCGCCGCCGCCGCCCCCCGCCGCGCCCUGGCCGCCGCCCCCCGCCUGCCCGCACGGCCCCUGCGCGGCGCUGGCCCUGCCGCUGCACCGGGGGUGCCGCUGGCCCGAAUUGCCCGGCUGGGGCCCGCCCGGCUUCCCGGGGCCGCCGCAGGGGCUGCCCGCCUGGGCGCUCCCCGGGGGCGGCGGGGCCGGGGCGGCUCUGCGCCCGGCCGUGCCGGAGCACCUCGGGGCCACCUGCGAGCCGGCGGCCAGGCCGCCCUCCUCCUUUAAAUGAAGCCCCCGACGGGAGCGGCGCUGCCGUGGGACGGGCGCUUUUCUGCUCGGCAGAGCUCGAGUCGGCUUCUGUGGCGGGUUUCGGGGUGCUUCUGCGUCUGGACUGGAUUUCUGAGAAAGCGACUUAAAACCGCUCAGCUGUUGGGAGACGCCUGAGGGAAGAUUGGGCUGAGAAGUCCCUGUUGCAGUGACUAAGAUGCGCAGACCUUGCUUCUCUCCUCUGUGCUGCGAGCUGGGGUUCUGCGCUGCUGUAUCGGUUUGGAUUUGGGGACUGGGGGACGGGGGUUAUGAGUUUGUUGUUUGAACCUUCAGGCAAGCCUGAAAGGCAGCUGCAGACCUGGAGCAAGCCAACCUUGUGUCUUCUCGAAUCUGAAAGUACGUGAAAAGUCCUGUAGAUGCUAGUCCUUGCAAAAGCGAAACUUGGUUUGUGCAGGGAAAUUAUUUUUUCAAGUGGCCUUAAACUCGUUGUGGAGCUUUUCUUUCAAGGUUUAUGAAACAGCGGUAUACGCAGUUUUUGUUUGUUUGGGUUUGGGGGGGGGGGGGGAACCCAACAACAAAACACAGACCCCAACGAUCUUUGGAGUCGUUCUGGGAAUCUUGUGGGUUUGUAUUUAAAGUGAAUCUCUGGGAUUUUUCAUAGAGCAAAGGGUGAUUUUAUAUCGUUGCUUGUUACAUAUGUUUACAUAUGUUCAUUGUUAAUACGUUUCUUAGGAAUGAUGCUGUAAUUACUAUGUAAAGGUCUCUUCGCCUUUUAAUUUCAGAGGGAGUACUUUAUGCUUUUCCCUCGGAGUAAGGGUUUAGAGACAAAAUAUGCUAAUAAGAGCUGUGAUUUAAGUUUAAGGGAGAGGAGAGUCCAAAUACUGUUACACGAAGAGCAGCGCUUGUUGUAUGUUAUAUUUUAUGACUUCUGUAAUAAACAGUACUUCCUAAGA